AUAUAUAUAUAUAUAUAUAUACUCCUCCCAUGUAGACUACUAAUAUAAUGUACUAUUUAAAAAAAAAAAAACAUUUUUAUUAAAAGUAUAUGACGACACUGAGAGUCAACCGUAUUUUUGGGUGAAGUUCAAAAAUUGCCUGACUUUUUUAACCUUAGAAGAUAAGCGGGGAAACGCGCAUGUUUACUCUAAAUAUUCCCGAUAACAAUAAAGCAAAUAAAGUAGGGAAAACGGCCACUGGGUUUUACCAAAAAUUUAAUGUAUUACUUAUCGGCUGGUUCCCGAUUAAGUACACGUAUAAAUAUCGCUCUAUCCUGCUUUAACUAUCAUUCCCAAAACCGAUUUUCAUGAAGUCAGUACUGAAUACUCAAUUGAAGAAAAAGUGAUAAAGAUGGAGUCUAACACGUUUCUUGAAAUGCUGAGCGCCAGGAAUUCUUCGGGUGGAAACUACUUCCACGAAGCAUGUCAAGCUGGCUCAUUAGCUCUUCUUAUGAGGGCAAAAGUGUGGAUAGAUCAACCAAUCCCAUCGAUCUUGAUUACAAGAAACUACAAUGGUGAGCAAUGCUCCCAUAUCAUCGUGAAGAACAAGAAUAUUUAUGCACAAAAGAUGAUGGAGAUCGUCUUGAAGCUCGGGGCUGACAUAAACGGCCGGGAAAACCUCGGUGGUUUCACUCUUCUGCAUUUGUGUGUCUGGGAAAGGAAUUACGAGCUCGCCGAAUGGCUGUGCAGGGCACCAGGCAUCGAUCUCGAGGCUACUAACUACGCCAGGCAGACUGUCUAUCAACUUGCCUUAGAACGAGACGACAAUCAAAUGAUGGAGAUAAUCAAAAGGGCCGGAACCAAGUGCGUAUCUUAGAAAUUGAGAAAACGUGAUAAGUGAUAAGGAACAAUGUUGUGUGAAAAAGCUGAGCUCAAAGAGGCUAUACUUAACAGUUUACAUUUAGAAAUCGUAAGUUAAUCUAGGCAGCUAAUUUUACGGUUGUGAUCCAUGCAAACGGUUGUUUCAUUAUUUGAAUAUUUGUUAUGUUUUAUUAUUGCUUUUUUUAUGUUUGUUAAAGAUUAAAAUUGUAACUUAUUAUCUUUUUUAAUUUUUAAAAAUAAGUGUCAGCACUUUUUUGCUCUCUAAAGGAUCUCCAUGACUUACCAAAGCAAUUGGAUUUUUCAUAGAUAAUAGCUCGAAUAUUUUUAAUGCGUACAGUGUUUUAAAAAAAUAAAACAAAUGUUCCUUUAUCGUAAUUAAUUUAAUACAUAUGUUGUAAUAUAACUGACUUAUUUAAUUCUUCACGACCUUGUUACCGUCGAACAAAUUUAUCAUCCGCUUACAACGUAGCAGUUCUCUGCUACUAAAAAGUCCUGACUGGUUCUCCGAAUUACACUCAAAUAACAUGUCUAUAUCUAAAUCAUUUUCUUGGACGGCCGCGUUGGCUGAUUGAACAUCUUUCCUCCGCCAGCGCCGCAUAUGCGCCUCAAAAAUAAUAUAGGCCGUACAAUCGGGACAGCGGUUUAUCGCCGACCAGAAAUUUUCCUCAUUUAUAGACAGGAAAUACUGCAAUGAAGAUUGUUAACUUGAAUUUAAAACGCAAAGGCCAGAUUCUAAGAUUUAAAGAUAGUUAUGUAUCUAAAGAAGACAUACCUUCAAAAUAGUCAUAGGAUUUUCACUCUCUAUGGGUUCUGCAAUUGACAGAUUCCUUAAGAGCCAGACUGCUAUUGUUUUCUUUAUGCAAUUUUGGGGAAACAUAGCAUAGAAAGGAUCAUUCGGGCUUAUUUCGGUAGGUCGCUUACCACUGUAAGAUGCCAUGUUUGUCUUAAAUUAAGCCUGAAAUAAAUAGUUGCAAUUAGUUGGGAGGUAACACAUAACUAAGAAGUAUAGAAUUUUUUAUUAUAACUUAAUAAAAUAUUGGCACAGUAUUUAGAAUUUGUUAGGGGUACUUACUUCACAAAUACACUUUUACUCGUCUAGUUUUCACGGUGCAAUGAGCGCUUCUGUUUAUUUUCAAAAUUGAAGACAUUAUUUGCAUUUAUGCACGCUAUUAUGUAAAUAUGGUUCUACAAAGACCACCUGAAAAACAUGUGUAUAAAUAGUUCCAUAAGUUUAUGGAACAAAUUAAUUAAAUGAAUUGUCAUUCAAAUCUGUACCGUAUGCACUGACAAUAAGGAUUAUUUUUCACUAAAAAUUACGGACUUAAUUUUAAUUGCAAAAUAGCUAAAGGCGUCAUACAACCUUAAUCAACCGCUAAAUUUGUAUUAUUGCGAAACCCAAUAAGAUAAUUUUGAAGCGCAUCGAACAGGGACCGAUUUCAAAAUUAUUUACAAACAAUUUUGUCCGCUAAAUGUUUUUAUUU